ACAUCAUCAUCGCCAUCAUCAUCAUCAUCAUCAUUACGUUCACUGUCACCAUCACCAUCAUCAGCUGCAUAAUCAUUGAACAUGUAUAAGCACACGGUCAAGUCAAAGCUCACACAAAUGCGCAGCAAUUCGCCUGCAGGCCUGCAGACUGCUGCCACGCCCCAUAAGCAAACAUACGCCCUGGGCGCGGGCAGAAAAUUCCUCUCGCACAUACGACACAAGAUCGAGGACAAUCUAACGCCCAAGCUCAGCGGCAAGCUUUACUACAAGGGCAGCAAGCACACCCGCUCCAUGAGCGCACUUAGCCUGCUGGACACGGGCGGCUGUGUGGGCGGUAAGUAUACGCCCAAGGCAAGCUCCACGGUGGAGGCGACAGCAGCCAAUUCGGUCGCCAGUCAAUUGAUGAGCAGCAGCAUAUGCAGCUAUGUGGACAGCGACGAGGAGGACCCGCUGAGCUUAAGCUUGAGUCUGACGCAGCAAUCGCUGGAGGAUGAGAUCUUUGCCGAGCUGGAGAAGGUGGCGCAUGACGAGAGCAAAUUGCACGAGGUGCUGCAAAGCUUUGAUCAAAUCUUGCAGGAGUACCCAGCAGUGGAGCAACUGCAGCUGGAGCCCUUGCCAGCGCCCCCAGCGCAGUUCAGCGAUCGUCAAAUGCUCGCCAAGUCAUACACGACGCUCAGCAUGAGCACGAGCCUGAGCAGGCGACAGAUCUACCAGACACCCGAGCUGGCCAACUCCAUGCUGCUGCGCCGCAGCAAUUCCAGUCAGCAGCGAUACAAUUCACUGGGCGAGCUGCGACAGCUCAGCGGCAGUCGCAUUCCCAUAUCCAAGCACUCCAGUCUGCGUUGUCUGCAGCCGCAGCCGGCACAGCAGCGCUCCAGAUCGCUGCUUACGCUCAGCCGCAGUCAGGCUGCAGUCAAGACGCCACCGACAGUAGCCAAAGCAGCUCCUAAGCGUGUCAGUUCCACGCUCAAACCCAAACCUGCGCGCAGCGAGGAACGCCCGAGUCCUGCCAAGCGCUGCAGUCGCGUCAUCAGCCACAGCAAGGAGCAUUCACUAAGCGUGCAACGCAAGAAGCAGCAGCAACUGCUACAGCAGCAAAAGCAGAAAGAACUGAUGCAGCAGCUGCGCUAUGCCGACCAGGAGAAAGUGCACAAGCCGCAGCUAGAGUCGUGCAAGAUCAUUCCACCCAAACUGGGCGAGACUUCGGACAAAAAUCAAGAGCUGCUCGUCAAGGUGGUGCAGCUGCAGCAGCAGAAGGCGGCAACGAAAAAAGAACACAAAGUUGUGGAGCAUCAAGCCAGCUCUUCCGAUUCGGACGACUCGGGGCAUAUCAGCAACGCGCCUCUCUCCUCCAGCGCCAACUCUACGCGCAGCUUGUGCGAAUCGGAGGGCGAGGCAGACAUCGAGACAGAGCCAGAGCCACAGGCCAAAAACUGCUGUAGAUCGAAUAAAAUUGCGCAACUGUUGCAAAAGUUUGAGGCGAAAUCCAAUUGUCAAAUGGCUGUGGCACCUGUGGUGGUCACCAAGGUGGCUCAGUUGCAAGCAGUGCGCUGCAUACAGACACAGGUGGAGAUUUAUCCCACCUAUACGAAAGAGGUAACUAUGCGGUACCACUAGAGACCAGAGGCGCAC